GGAUAUUUGUAGACUAACACCCGUGUGUCAGGCUCUGCCGGUAAUAUUUUACAGAAAUGAUGGCAUAAAUUUAUCUUGAAAAAAAUAUCUUUACAUUAUUUCAGAAUUAUAUGAAAACUUUCCCAAGGACUUUGGUAUGUUGUUGACUGAUGGCGAGAGGAGAUUGCCAACCUGCUGCGGUUUGUCAGAGAUGCAAAAGUUAUGUCUGUAAAAUGUGAUCAUAAACGUUUUCCGAGAUACGGGAAAGAGCGACGCUGUGGCUAAACAAAGCGCUUUUCAAGAUGGAGACAGAACUGAGGCUGGAGUCGAGUUUGUGGGUCGGGAAUAAAAGAUACCGAGCGGUCCUAUCGGGCUGGCAUUUCAACUGGACCGAGGUAGAUAAGAAGGAUCGCGACAAGAAAACAAUUUCAGUACCUGUGGCAGAGGUGGUUGGAGUAGAAGAGGGUCGGGUGGAGAUCCUGCCCCAGAAGUCAGUCGAGGACACAGACAAAGAUUUUACAGUAUUCUACGUGAAGCGCAGCGGCAGUGGGAGUUCUUAUGGGUUACUAUGGAGACUUGGCCGGAUCCAGUUCAGUUGCCCCAGUCGGGUGCUCAGAGACCAGUGGACGAAACACCUUAGAAUUGCUCUCAAAACUCACAGUCCGCUGCGUCCCAACAGGCUUUUGGUGUUUAUCAACCCAUUUGGAGGGAAGAAGAAAGGAAGAAAGAUCUACCAUUCUCUGGUUGCCCCUUUGUUUGAGCUGGCUGGUAUCAGCUCUCAUGUAAUAGUGACUGAGCGGGCGAACCAGGCCAGAGACCACCUCCUGAAAAAAGACCUGACAGGCUUUGAUGGUGUGGUGUGUGUGGGUGGGGAUGGCAUGUUCAGCGAAAUACUUCAUGGUUUGAUUGGGCGGACACAACAAGAGGCAGGCCUUUCUGAGAAUGAUCCCGCUGUCACUUUACAGCAUUGUCCGCUUCAUAUUGGCAUCAUUCCUGCAGGUUCCACAGACUGUGUGUGUUAUGCCACAGUGGGAGUGAUCGACCAUGUUACUUCAGCUUUGCACAUCAUCAUUGGAGACUCUCAGCCAUUAGAUGUAUGUUCAGUCCAUCAGGCUUCUGCGCUGAUGCGCUACUCAGUGUCUCUGUUGGGCUAUGGCUUCUACGGUGACGUACUGGCUGAGAGUGAGAAACAUCGGUGGAUGGGACCUCUCCGAUAUGACUAUUCAGGCACCAUGGUGUACCUGAGCAACAGAAGCUAUGCAGGCAUAGUUCAGUAUCUACCAGCAGACCCGCUGCUCUCCAGCCCGAGAGAUAGAACACGCUGCCUCUCAGGGUGCAAUGUGUGCUCCAGAAGCACAGAAAGACUUUUUCCCCGCUCUUCAGAAUCGGGCUCCUUGUACAGCUCCCACUUCAGGCAAUUCAGUAGUGACUCAGAAGGCGAGUGGGUGAGUGUGGAGGGCAGGUUCAAAUGUGUGUCUCUCACUUGCAUGUCCAGCUCCUGUCCUAAGAGUCCUCUGGGCCUCUCUCCCUCUGCUCACCUGGCAGACGGGACAGGGGACCUAAUCCUCGUUUGGGACACUCACCCGCUGGGAUUCCUCAAGUUCCUCUAUAGGCACACAAGCACACAGGAUCAGUUUGACCUGCCAUUUGUGGAGGUCCAUCGUGUGAAGGCAGUCCGGUUUUCUCUCCCCUCUGGUAACGGGGAGGAAGAAUAUAAAGAGACUGGAGGGUUGAGAGGAGGGAUAGAUGAAGAAGAGAGAAGCUCCAUUGAGACUGUAAGCAGGAAUGGAUCUCAGCAACACCUGGCAGAGAGAGACACAGGACAAGAAUUGACAAAUGAGCAGAAAAUGGCGACCCCAUUCAUGUGUGGUCUGUGCUGCGGUAAAGCUCCUGCUAAGUCAGUGUGGAACUGUGACGGAGAGAUUCUGUCUUCCACCGAGAUUCUCUGUAGGAUUCAUGGCCAGCUGGUGCGUCUGUAUGCAAGGGGCAUCGAAGACGGAGCAGCCAUGCACAACUGCGGCAAAGAAAAUGACAAGUGUCAAAUGGGAUGCACCCUAAACAAAUAGUCUCACCUAAAUUUAGGAUGAUGAGGGAAAGGUGACAAUGGAAAUGUUGGCAAGGCAAGUUUGAGAUAGCCCUGCAGUCUGUCAUGGCCAAAGAGUUCCUAAUAUUUCAUAUACAUUACAUGUUUUCUCAUUGCAACAAUGAAAAAAACUAUUUAUUCCUAUAUGAGUUUGUUGAAUACUACUUAGAACACCUUUGCUAAAUGAUAAAGUAUUUGUA